AUGGUCGGAAUUCACUAUAUCUCUAUGACAGAGCGGUUCAGAGAAGACACAAAAGCUGUUAAUGCUGUUCCGCGCAUCGGUUACGGUGACGCUAGCAAUCGGUCGGCCUAUAUGUGGGACUCCGGACUCUGGGCUACUUGCCGCGAGUCUCGCAAGGAGAAGGCUCGAAAGGAGGAGGCCAACAACAUCAUUGCAGAGCGCCGGGCUGCCCGCGCUGCUGCGGCCGGCGGUAGUCCCUCCUUGUUGGAGGUGGUAAGCCACUUCAACUCGUUCGAAAUUUUAGCUUCAGAGCAAUAG